GCGAACACCUGCGAUUUCCGAUUAUUGCUCCGCCAAACAGAGGAAAGGCAGAUGUCUGGGAAAUGAAAUUCCGACCUCUUCGAUCCAAUUUCCUUGUUCCCGGACUCGCCGACUAAGGUCUCCAGGGACUCCAGUUCCACCAUGGAAGGCGUGCCGGAGAUCCUUUACGAGACGUGCUACCAUGCGACGGGGAUCUGCGCCGCGGAUUCCUCUCCUGGAACGAGUGAAGGAGGUGGGUGGGGAAUUUCGUCAUUUCUUUCCUCCCGAGGUCUGAAGAAGCUUCAAGAGAAAUGGGGCAACCGCGCUCUCCCAAAAUCAUUGAAGGAAAUGUCACUUUUUAUCUCUCCAAAGAGUGAAUAUGUUGCUGUGGCUGCCAGGCACCAAAUAAGGGUAUUUCAUAGGGAUGACAAAUACAUGGUGCCAUGUGGGUUUUAUUCUGGAUUCGACAAGCUAAGCAUUUUCAGCCAUGGGGCAUGGUCGGAUUCAUGUGCCCUUCUUGGAUUAGUUGAUGAUAAGAAUACCAUUUAUAUUGUUAAACCAUCUGGGUUGGAAAUAACAAAGAUACAGACCAAAAAGUCAGCAUCCGUUGUUGGCGUUUUUAUUUUUGAUAAUGGAGAUGUUAAGAAUUCCUUCAAGUGUGCACUUAACAUCCUCACAUCAGAUGGUUUGAUUUACCGUGUUGAGAUCAACCAGGAGCUUCUUGAAAGUGUACCAUGCUUAUCCAUAUCCAAAAAUGAAGUUAUAUUGAAGAAGCAGUACCCAAGGGGCGCAUCAUGCCUGGACUUUCAUCAGAGCCUAUCUUUCCUAAUCCUAGUUGGUCCCACUGGCAUUACUGGUUUUCGUAGAGGAAAUGCAGAAUGUUCCCUUUCUCUCUGGCAUGUAUCCAAGGAUUCAGAACUGCAGCUGCUAUUCUCCAUUCAGUAUGAAGGGGUCCUUCAAAUUAUGGGGGAUCAUGAAGGGCCUCUCACAACCCCAAAAGUUGUAAUAUCACCAGAGGGCACAUAUGUUGCUGUUCUUGAUCUGAUCGGAAAUUUGGAAACUUUUAGUGUGGAUAGUCAAAAACAUUCUCUUUCAGCUACUGCAUUCAGUGAAGAACUCUAUAAAGAAAUGGGCUUUAGUACUUCUCCUGGAGGAAAAAAAUGUAUUAGUGAUAUUGCAGAUAUUGCAUGGUGGUCCGACAGUGCUCUUGUUAUUGCAAAGAGGAACAGUAGUGUCACUAUGGUCGAUGUCAGCCUUGGAGUACGACUUCUAAAGACUGAUCUGGCUUUUUCUUCAUCUGUCUUAGGAAGGCCUACAUGCUAUAAUGGGCUCAUAUUUCUGCUUGAAUGCAAUUUAGAUAUGAAGGAUUGUGGACAGAUGACUUAUGACUUGCACAAUAAAGAAGAAACUCAUGGGAUGAUGUGGAAACUACUAUCAUUCUCUGAGCGUUCUGUGUUGGAGAUGUACAGAAUAUUGAUAAAUGGCCAACAAUAUGGAGCAGCCUUCCAAUUUGCUGAACGGCAUGCAAUGGAUAAAGAUGAGAUUUUCAAAUCACAGUGGUUGUGUUCAAAUCGUGGAAUGGAUGAAAUUAAUAGCUAUUUGUACAAUGUAAAGGAUGCAAACUUUGUGCUCUCAGAGUGUCUAAAUGCAUUGGCACCUACUGAAGAAGCUACUAGAGCUUUAAUUUCAUAUGGGCUCCAUAUGACUGAUAAAUAUAGGUUUAUCGACACAGAGAAUAGCAAAGAUUCUGAAACAUGGAGCUAUAGGAUGAUGAGGCUUCAACUGUUGCAAUCUAGAGACAGAUUGGACACAUUUCUUGGGAUAAACAUGGGCAGGUUUUCUAUGCAUGACUAUGGAAAAUUUCGGGUUUUACCACUCAACAGAGUUGCUGUUGGGCUCGCUGAAAAUGGAAAAAUUGGAGCGCUGAAUUUACUUUUUAAGCGCCAUUUAUAUUCCAUAUCUCCUUUUGUUUUGGAAAUUUUAGCAGCUAUUCCUGAAACUAUUCCAGUCCAAACAUUCAGUCAACUCCUCCCUGACAGGUCUCCUCCAAGCAACAUUGCCCUUAGGGAAAAAGAUUGGGUAGAAGUAGAUCAGAUGGUAUGUUUUAUCCAAAGCAAGAGUGACCUAAAGAGCCAUGAAAGUGGUAUGCAUGUCAAAACUGAAUAUAUCUUGAAACAACUUAGUGGGAUUAUUUGGCCAUCAGUUAGUGAAAUCUGUCGUUGGUACAUGGAGAGAGCCAUGGAGAUGGACAGCUUAAGUGGUCAGCUUGAGAACUGCCUUUCUCUGGUGGACACUGGUCGUCGUAAAGGUCUUGUGGAGCUGCAGCAGUUCUAUGAGGAUGCAUUGUGCUUCUAUGAUUUUGUUUAUUCUGGUGAGCAUAGUAAUGAGGAGAACACAAGUAUGAGUCUUGUUUCCUGGAAACAGUUAUCUGACUAUGAAAAGUUUAAGAUGAUGAUGAAGGGAGUUAAAGAGGAUACUGUCAUGGAAACUUUGAGAACUAAAUCAAUUCCAUUCAUGCAAAGACAGGCGCACAUCAAGAAAAAUGCUUCAAGUAAUCAAGCAGACGCAACUCAAACUUCUGUCGACACUAAGCAGGAGUCACUGCUAGUCACUUGGCUAAAAGAGAUUGCAUUAAAAAAUAACUUGGAGAUAUUUUUGGUAGUAAUUGAUGAGGCUUGUAAAGAUUUCCAGAGCAAUGAUUUCUUCAAAGAUGAGACAGAAGCUACUGAAGUAAUCCUUGAGUGCUUAUAUUUAUGCACAUUGACCGAUAGGUGGAAUGUAAUGGCUUCUAUCUUGUCGAAAGUCCCAUUGAUGAGCCUAAGAUAUAAAACUCUUCCUGUGGAUAGGGAUUUUGGUUUGGGACAGGGGGUACAAGGCUUUGGAUCUACAAGAACGAAUGAUAAACCUUUAGACAUGCGUUCUAUCCCCAUUCACUUGAAAGAGGGCAUUGCCAGUGCAUCUAUUGGAAACUUGGAGGAAAGAGUUAAACAAGCUGAAGGACAUAUUGAAUCAGGGCGACUGUUGGCUUAUUACCAGGUUCCCAAACCAUUGUGCUUCUUCCAUGGAGCCCAUUCAGACGAGAAGGGUGUAAAGCAGCUUCUUCGUCUCAUUCUAUCAAAAUUUGGACGUAGGCAGCCCAUGAGGUCAGAUAAUGAGUGGGCAAAUAUGUGGCGAGAUAUGCUUUGCCUUCAGGAAAAGGCUUUUCCUUUUCUAGAAUCAGAAUACAUGCUACUGGAAUUCUGUAGAGGUCUGCUUAAAGCUGGGAAAUUUUCUCUUGCAAGAAACUACCUUAAAGGUAUAGGCACCAUUUCCUUGGCCUAUGAGAAGGCAGAGUAUCUAGUAAUUCAAGCAGCUAGAGAGUACUUCUUCUCGGCUUCAACUCUUGAUUGCUCUGAAAUCUGGAAGGCCAAGGAAUGCUUAAAUCUCUUUCCAAACAGCAAAACCGUUAGAGCAGAAAUAGACCUGAUUGAUGCACUUACUGUUAAACUUCCAAAUCUUGGCGUGACUGUGCUGCCUGUGCAGUAUAGGCAGAUAAGAAGCCCUAUGGAAAUAAUUAAUAUGGUACUCAGAAGUCAAUCUACAGCAUAUCUUAAUGUAGAUGAAAUUCUGGAGGUUGCAAAGCUUCUUGGUCUUAACUCUCCAGAUGAUAUAGCUACUGUAGAGGAAAGUGUGGCAAGGGAAGCUGCUGUUACAGGUGAUCUUGAGCUGGCCUUCGACCUUUGUCUUGUUUUGGCAAGAAAAGGACAUGGUUCGAUUUGGGAUUUAUGUGCAGCAAUUGGAAGAGGACCCACUCUUGACAAGAUGGAUGUAAGUUCCCGAAAGGAGUUAAUAAGUUUCGCUUUAAGCCAUUGUGAUGAGGAAUCAGUCCUUGAGUUACUUCAAGCUUGGAAAGAUUUGAAUUUGCAGAGUCAAUGUGAAAACUUGGUACAGCAGACUGGCACCCGACCUCCAAAUGCAUCCAUUUCUGGUUCCUCCCAAGUCUCACUUUCUAGCUGCAGUAUGCAAGAUAUAAUGGACGCUAAAGGUUACUCCAUCAAUAUGGCACUAAACAGCUCUUUCUCUGAGAAAGAAUGUCUUGAACAACUUCAUGGGGACUUGAAAAGUUUACUUAGUAAUGUUGGGAAAGAGGUUCAUGAAAAUGGCAAUGCUAGCUGGGAUUAUCUACUUAAAGAAAAUGGAAAAUUUUGUUCUUUUGCAGCUUUACAGCUCCCAUGGUUACUUGACUUCAUCAGCAGCAGUACAACAUUUGCUAAGAAGGAGCAUCCUCUACUAAACUCUUCUGCAGAACCCUAUAAGAGUGUUACUUUCCAAGCUGCAAAAGUGAUCAUCUCCUGGUUGGUGAACAAUAAUAUUGCUCCUAGAGAUGAUCUGGUUGCUUCUCUUGCAAAAUCAAUAAUAAAAGCAUCUUCUGAUGAAGAGACAGACAGAAAUGGAUGCUUAUACUUGUUGAACCUUGGGGAUGCUUUUCGCGGUGUGGAAAUCAUUGAGGAGCAAAUGCGUGAUAGAAAAGAGUAUAAAGAAAUAUCUGGUAUCACAGACCUUGGAAUGCGCUAUGGCUUGUUGCACAAUUCUCAAUGCAGGAGCCCUAGUGAAAGAAGGAACCUUCUCUUGCAGACUUUUCAAGGUGCACGUGCAUCACCUGGUUCAGGUGUCAUAGAAGACGCUGAUAGUGUUCAAUCUGCCUUUUGGAGAGAAUGGAAAUCCAAAUUGGAAGAGCAGAAAAACUUGGCAGAUCAAGCAAGAGCCCUUGAGGAAAUAAUACCAGGAAUUGAAACUGCACGUUUUCUAUCUGGUGACAAAGGCUAUGUGCGGGAUACUGUAUUUGCUUUCAUCGAUUCUGUUAGGCAUGAAAAGAGGCACAUCUUACAAAAUGCUUUAAAACUUGCAGAUGCUUAUGGAAUAAGUCAGUUUGAGGUGCUUCUCCAUUAUCUGAGCUCUUCCCUUGUAUCUGAAAUAUGGACGGAGGACGACAUUGAGGCUGAGAUUUCACCUUACAAGAAAGAUUUGUUAGCAUGUCCAUCAAAAGUUGUCCACAUGAUUUCUUCAAAUGUUUAUUCUGAGAUUGAUGGCCAUAAGAAACAACGGCUUUCCUACUUGUACGGUAUUCUAUCUGAUUGCUACUCGCAGUUAGGAGAAGUGGACUCACCAUCUCUUGGAAUUCAUGGUGGAAACUUACAUGUUUCAAACUUUUGUGAAUUCUACAAUGCUUUAAAGGAACAAUGCAAGAGAGUGUCCUUCAUCAAUGACCUUAACUUCAAAAAUAUUGCUGGAUUGGAUGGUUUGAAUGUUGGGCAGUUGCAUAAUGAAGUUUGUAGUCACAUUGAUGAAUCUACUGUGGAAGCUUUGGCACAGAUGGUUGAUGUGCUGGUUUGCAAUUUUGAUGAACCAGGAUUCUUGUCAAGGCAGGAUGUGUAUAAGCAUCUUAUUUUGUGUUUGUUGAAUGAUCUAGAAAAUGGAAUGGAAGUGAAGGAUGGAGUUAGCUCUGAUGAUUUUAGAGUUCUAAUUUUUGAACUUGAGAAGAAUUAUGAAAGAUGUAGCAGAUAUUUUGAAGAUAUUCUGGAGAAGGAUGCAUUGGACAUGUUUAGGAGGUACUACAUGUUAAGUCUGCCCUGUUCGCGUCCCCCUAUUUCAACAGAUGAUUCAUCGUGGCAAGAAUGUCUUGUCUUGCUUUUAAAUCUAUGGAUAAAAUUGGCCAAUGAUAUCCACAAAAUUAUGUUCCAUGAGAAACCUCAAAAGGGCCCUGUUCUUUCUAAAUGGGACUGUCUGUCAAGAUACCUGACAUUUUUGUUAGCCAUGGUGAUUGAGAAUAAAAUAUCAACCAAGGAAGGCUGGGAAACCAUUUUUCUAUACGUUGAAGAUGGGCUGCUGGAUGCUUAUGAGACUCAUGUUUUGGAUUUCUGCAAAACGAUGGUCUUUGCUGGUUGUGGUUUUGGGGCUGUUGCUGAUUUAUAUAUUGAAGUUACAACCGAGAGUCUGAUGACUACCAAUACAGGAGGCAAUGCAGAUGAUGCUGACAGUGAACUAUGUUGCUUUUAUGUGAAUCUGACUGAGUCUCUUCUUUCGAAUAUGAGUAGUUCUCCAGAUGUUAGUCAAAAGUUGCAAGUUUUGAUGUCUUCACUUAGCAAGCAGGUGGACUGUUCGGGAAAUAUAAAGAAGGUGAGAUAUGCGGUAAGGGAUGUUCUUUAUGCAUUUUCUGAGAAUGUGCAAGUGGCUAACAUGUAUCGGGUGUAUGCGUUGGAGCUUCUACAAUCCAUCACUGGGAAAAAGGAGGGCUCUCAUACUGCUGAGAUCUCAACUGUUCUACCUUGGGAAGGAUGGGCAGAGUCUUUAUCUCCAGCGAUUAGUGAGUCGGUUGGGCAUGAUGGAGAAGAUAAGCAUGGGAUGUGUAGGAAAUUUACAAAUACUUUGGUUGCUCUCAAAUCAAAUGAGAUGGUUUCAGCUGCUUGGCCUGGUAUAGAAAUUACACCAAACGAUCUCAAUUCAAUACAGUCUGCAGUAUCUUGUUUUUCUUACUUGGCUACUAGUGCCGUCUCAGGGACACACAUGCAUACCCUUCAAUGCCUUCUUAAAGAAUGGGAAGGGCUUUUCUCUUUUGAUGGUCAGCUUCGUACUGAAGAACAGGACGGGAAAGAUGAUGAUGUGCAUGGAACAGGACACAACUGGAACAAUGAUGAGUGGGAUGAUGGUUGGGAAACAUUUCAAGACGAUUUAGUGGUGCAGGAAGAAAAGUGUGACCAUGCCUUCUCUGUUCACCCCCUCCAUGCCUGUUGGAGGAUUCUGCUCCUAAAGCUGGUAGGGCUUUCACAAUUUUCAGAGAUGGUGAAAUGUAUCGAUCAGUCACUGGUCAAUCCAAAAGUCACAUUGCUGGAUGAAGAUGAAGCCAGAAGCUUGAGCCUACUGCUAAUCAGUAUUGAUUGCUUUGUGGCUCUGAAAUUUGUACUCCUCCUUCCCUACCAAACACUAUGGUUCGAGUGUUUAGCAAUUGUUGAUGCUAAGUUGAAGGAAGGAGGCAGCCGAGAAGCAUCAAGUGGGGAUUCUGAACUUUUGGCCCUCAUUCUAUCAGCAGGAAUCAUGUCUGCUGUGGUGUCUGAUGCUCAGUACAGAAACGUGACUUCUUACCUCUGCUACUUGGCUGGAUAUUUUUUACGUGGUUAUCUAGAGGAUCAACUGAACAUUCUUAAGCAUGCAGGUGGGAAUGGAGAAAUAAAAGAAAGAUGCUAUAUUUUUAGUAGGAUUAUCUUCCCGCAUUUCAUCGCAGAACUUGUAAAGGCAAAUCAGUAUCUUCUUGCGGGAGUUUUGGUUUCGAAGUUUAUGCUUGCACAUUCUUCCUUAAGUCUUAUCAAUGUUGCAGAGGCAAGUCUUAGAAAGUUCUUGGUAGGUCAGUUAGAAAGCAACCAAGAAGUGCUUAGGUUUGAAGAGAACAAGCCUUCUGUUGUGAACUCCUAUACAAAGUUAAGAGAUAAGCUGUCAAAUUCUCUCGAGUCUGCGUUGUUGGCACUGUCAACUGAUAUGAAAUGAAAGUCCGUUCCUCUCUUUUCGUGGCUGGUUUGUCCUUCGGGGCUCAAAAUUCAGAAUUAUUCAGAUUCCAAUGUCCGUACGUUCCAGCACUCUAUUUCAUUUUUUUGAGGUAUUCAAGAUUGAGGUGUGAGGAUUCCACUAUCUUAACAUGUUUUGCCUGCCACCUUGAGAUGUGCAUGCUGCUUCUUUUCAGCAUGUAUAAUUACAGUUGUACCUGGCUUGGCUAGAGGCUUUGCGGUUGCCAACGGAUGAAUCACAGGCAAAUAGCAACAUGGUAUCUUGAGGACAACCUGGCUAUGUUCAGGGCUCCUUGGUUCAGUCCCACGGGAUGCAGGACUACGGAGAAAAAUAAAGGGUGCAGUAAGCCGAGACUCGAAGUUCAAGUCUACUGAGUCCAUAGUUGAACCCAAGUGGAUCAGAUUGAAGACGAGGGUUCGGAGUUUUUGUUCAUUCUGAAUGUGAUCUGGGAUCAUCCCCACCUGUAUUUAGCUAAUUCAAAUGCCAUUUCUGAGCUCGCCCGGGCUUGUAAAUCGAGGGAGGGUACAUCUUCGGUGGGGGCACUUUACGUCGUUUCACCCAUUUCCAUGCCAGGCGUUUUGACAAUGCAUGGCCGGUAGAAGAACGCAGGCUGGGUCUUAGAGAAGAGGGGGAGCUGGUUUUACCGGGCAGCGAGCACCUUCCGCCCUGCUUGUAUUAAAGAAGAGAGAUGAGUUAAAUGUGCUACCUAAAGCAUGAAACGAUUAUAACUUUUCUUCUUCUUUUUUUCCUUACGAGAAGGGUAGUAAAAUGGAUGAACCCACCAGUUAUAGUAA